AUGUCUGCCCUUUUCUUCGCUGGUGUGCGGUUCGGCUCACUCAGAACCGCCGUGCCGGUGCCCUCACGUACUUCAACAUCCUUCAAGCUCCUUUCGCCCCUCUCGAGCAACACCUACCGCACGAUUGCUUUUCGGGGACAGGUCCUCCUCACAAGGGCUCCGAAGCUGGAGAAAACGAACCAUGGGCUCAUUGAGAGGCAGGAGUGGACGGCCAUCCGGCCCAGACAGACCUUUCCCAAGAUGGAUCGAGCUUGCGAUAUGGCCAAAAAAUUAGUAGGCGCCUCUCUUUACAGCGGACGAAAGUUGAUCUACAAUGCCGCUGUCUCUCAAAACUUCCCGAACUGGACCUCUAAGAAGCGGGGCAAGAUCGGCGGCUUGACCGAAAGCGAGUUUCACAGCAAGGUCGAAAAUGGAGACCGCCUCACGCGAGCCACGUGCACGUUCAGAAGAAUUGCCAAAGCAUAUCAAAAACAGUCUGGCCUCAAGGAUUUGCGAGGAACCUUCCUAACCGUGAAAUGGAUUACAUACGGCACGUCACACAUCCUGGAAGUCGAAGACUCCCCCUUUCCGGGGCGUCGCAAAGAUUCCAACACCAUGUUCUCAAUCGCCGAGAACAACACGUACGCCGCCUUCUGCUUGAUUGCAGCAUGUCUCUCGACUCUUUCCGUUCCGGUCCACGUGCGGGCCGGCAACACUGCAGUGUUGCUCAUGAUUUUUUGGUGUAGCCUGGGGCUCGUCAACAAGGGGGUCAAUACGCUUGCCUUCAAUCACAAGCUUCGGGUGACCUGGAUGUUUGCUUGCGACAUAAGCGCCAUCAUCGAAAGGACCUGGCAGCUAGGCUUGUGCUGCGGUUCGCUCUGCGUCUUACAUCGACUUGAAAACAUCGCAUCUCUACGACAAGCCCAUUCGACAGAGACGGAUCGCAGGCGCAGAUUCUGGAUAGACGUAGGCAUCGGACUUGGCAUCCCUUUUCUUCAAAUUCCACUGUUUUUCAUCGUGCAGCCAAACAGGCUGGACGUCCAGGAAGAUAUAGGGUGCAGCGCACCGCUCUACAACUCCGUGCCGGCGCUCUUCGCAUACUACCUAUGGAGGCUGCUCGCCAGCGUCUUCUCGCUCGCCCUCAGCGGGCUGAGGCCGUAUCCAGGCUGGAAACAGUUCCACGCUCAGUUCAACACGAUCAACUUCAUCCCGAUGAUCCGAGAUGGGAGCAUGAGGGCCUUGUUUGUCUUUUUCGGACUCACCGAUGAAGCCAAGUCCAUCUAUGGGUUUUUCUGGUCAUUUGUAAAAGGUGGACGACGAAGCGCACACAGGUUCAAGAAGAGUAGCUCCCCUCUCAGGGACCACAGAAGUCUGACGAAUGGUACGGAACUGGACCUCGAGGACUUUCAGAGGUCUACAGACAAGAUCUCCGUGGCCCUGCACAAGGACGUUCUUGUUUCGUGA